AUGCCUGUCGAGAAUGAGAACGAUCGUGGAAGUCAUAGCCAUGAAGCUGAGGAGCUCGUCACCACAGAACUAAAUACCGGAGGUGCCUGCAAAAUCGACGGCGGUUAUCGUGAUCGUGGUACUCGCGCCACUAUGCUAGGAUUCUUUGCCAAUCUUGGACUUACUGGCAUAAAAGGAGCAGCUGGCUGGUACCUGAACUCCGCAGUGUUGUUAGCGGAUGCUGGCCAUUCGUUAAGUGACUUAGCGGGCGACAUAAUCACACUCUUUUUCUACACAUUUUCCCGGAGAACACCUUCCCCGAGUUAUCCUUACGGCUAUGGAAAGUUCGAAUCUGUAGGGACAGCAGUGGUCUCCAUAUUCCUACUUUUGGCAGCAUUCGCGAUCGGUGGUCACUCUUACUCGCUUCUUGAAGAAUCUAUCCCAUUCCUGCGUGCUCGUAUCCCCUUUCCGGCGUCUUCUGAUUCAUCAUUCAACCACCCUUUGGAUUCAACAACAGAUCCAAAUGCGGCUUGGAUUGCAGUCUUCAGUAUAUUAAUCAAGGAAUCCGUUUAUCGGAUCAUGGCCUCUAUCGCCCGAACCGAAAACAGUCCGGUAUUAUUGGCGAAUGCACUUCAUCAUCGAAGCGAUAUGUAUUCGAGUUUUGUUAGCCUUAUUGCGAUUAUUGGCAAUUGGGUAUUCCCAAAAUUACCAUUCGAUCCGAUAGGCGGUUUACUUGUGACCCUUCUAAUUCUUCACCAAGCUUUCGAACUGUUGGGCGGUGCAUUAUUCGAAUUAACUGACAGAGCGCUGCCGGCUGGAGACCUCGAGCCGGUAAUGAAUAUUAUUCGCAGUGAAGUGAAGGACUUCAAAUCUGCUCCGCCACAUGGUCCGGAGACUCUCAAACUCUUGGAUCCUGUAACUGGCCUACGGAGGGGCGCAAAUCUUUUUUUGGACGUGAACAUUGCAGCGUUGGAGUCUGGAGAACAGUCGCUUUGCCUCCGAGAUGUAGUAGAAUUUGAAGACAAGUUGAAAAGGCGGCUAAGAUCCACGAAAAUGGCAGUUAAGGAUAUCAGAAUUCGAUGGGAGAUCUACUCGUCGUGA